CGCCCUGCCCACCCCCACUGGGUGCCCGCCUCCCACCCCCAGCCCCACCAGCCCUGACCCUGUGGCUCCCAAUGCCCAGGGGAUCCGGAGUGGGCCCUGCCGAGGCAGGGGAGCUGACGGGCCCUGAGAUCGGGUGGAUGUUACAAGCGUGCAAGAUGGAAGGAUUCCCCCUCGUCUCCCCUCCAUCAGAAGACAUGGUGCCCUAUGACACAGAUCUGUACCGCCAAACUCACGAAUAUUACCCGUAUAUCAGCAGUGAUGGAGAGAGCCACAGCGACCAUUACUGGGACUUCCACCCCCAUCACAUGCACAAUGAGUUUGAAAGCUUUGCUGAGAACCACUUCACAGAGCUCCAGAGCGUCCAGCCCCCCCAGCUGCAGCAGCUUUACCGUCACAUGGAGCUGGAGCAAAUGCACGUCUUGGACACCCCUGUGCCCACUGCCCAUGGCAGCCUCAACCACCAGGUCCCCUCACUGGCCCCUCUGCAUUCCUCCCAGGUCUCGUACCUGCCCUGCAUGUGUCUUCAGUACACUUCCCCCACCCAGCCCAGCUCCGACGAGGAAGAAGGUGAGCGGCAGAGCCCCCCACUGGAAGUGUCUGAUGGGGAGACCGAGGUCCUGGAGCCUGGCCCAGGAAUCCUACACGGAGAGACAGGUAGCAAAAAGAAGAUCCGUCUCUACCAGUUUCUUCUGGACCUUCUCCGCAACGGGGACAUGAAGGACAGCAUCUGGUGGGUAGACAAGGACAAAGGCACUUUCCAGUUCUCCUCCAAGCACAAGGAGGCCCUGGCCCAUCGCUGGGGCAUCCAGAAGGGGAACCGUAAAAAGAUGACCUAUCAGAAGAUGGCCCGAGCCCUUCGGAACUACGGCAAGACGGGCGAGGUCAAGAAGGUGAAGAAGAAGCUGACCUACCAGUUCAGUGGGGAGGUGCUGGGGCGGGUCACUCUGGUCGAUCGGAGGCACCAGCCCCACUGAGUGCCUGCCAGCCCACCCACACCCCCCAAUGCCGGGCCUUGGCACAACCCCACAUCCCUGGCCCCUGCCUCCAUGGGACAGGAAGGGGAGGCCCAGACUAAGGGGUGGUCUACCCGGUGGGCAUGGUGCUGCCCCCAAGGGUGGUACUGGUGCCAGGGUGGGAGGCUAGACCCCACACCUACCUGCUGCAUUAGCUUCCCCGCUGCCUGUAGCAUUAACCCCACGUUUAGGCCUCAUGGACCGAUAGAAUAAAGGCCUUAGUGGGUGACAGACCUUGGAGGUGUCUGUUUCCCUGACCUUCCCCAUAGUCCUAAUCCCCACAACCCCUCCCUCUUCUGAGAUCUCCAGCUACCUCCUAGCUUGUCUUCUUCCCUGGCUCCCUAAGAACUCUGGCCCUUGCCUUUCAUUCAGGGCCCUCCCCUUGAAUCAACCUCGGACCUCAGGGGUAUGCACACCACGAAAGCCUCGCUUCAUGCAGUUGGGUAUGUUUCUCAGGAGUUGCCUGUAAGCCAAGUUUCUGUCCAUUGAAUCCUCUGUUAAAUGUCUCUUGAGGAGCUCACUAAUUAAAGGGAUCCCAGAAAAUCAUUUCAUGAAAUGAAUUAGUGCAUUGUAACAUCAUCCCGAGGUGACUCUGGAUUUCCAAUACCAGCUAGUUUCUAUGGAAGUCCCAUAUUCAUCAACCUCAAUCUGGAAGCUAGCUAAAGACAAGGAAAUGUGUAGUAGAAGUCUUGGAGCAAGCCAAAUCAGUGCACUAAAGCUCUUGCACUUUAAUAGAAGAGCCCCUCCGGCCCUCAUUUAGAGCCAAUUGACUCUUACUUUAGGCACAAUUCUAAUGUGCUUGGUUAUCAGCUUCCUUCCCAGCCUACAGCAGAAGGGAAACAGCAAAUUAGAAGUGAAACAUCCUUCUAAAGAAAAAAAGGGGUGGGAGGAAACAGAUAUGAGGAUUCAAAAUACCCAGUGGUCUGGGGCCACUUAGUGCAGGGACAGCCAGCCCCACUCACCUUUGUAGAUCCAAUGUAUCAUAAUCCAAGAUUUUCUUCCCCAUGAUAACCCUGAGCCGUCGAGAAAAGUGUUCUUUACGACUCAUCUCCUUGGUUUAAGAAUAUGAAGGUAUGUACAAGAAAGACAUUUCAGAAAUAUUGCCGUUGGAAAUGGUUGAAAUAAAAGGAUUUUUGGCGCUUAAA